GAUAGCGCUGUUUGAUUCAAAGAUGGCUGUUUAGUCGUAGUAGUUGUGGUUUAUGUAUUUGUCCUGAAAAUGAUGUAUUUUAUCGUCUAGUUCGUCCGUGAACAUUGUCAGAAGUCCGGUAGUUCUCUUGCAUCGUAGACGCCCAAGUAUUCCUGCUAAAAUGAGGGAAUUUAAAGUGGUCGUUUUAGGCUCUGGAGGUGUCGGGAAAUCGGCACUGACUGUCAAGUUCGUUUCCGGAAGUUUCAUGGAGAAGUAUGAUCCAACAAUUGAAGAUUUCUAUCGCAAAGAGAUUGAAGUUGACUCAGCUCCAUGUGUGCUUGAGAUACUUGACACAGCCGGAACAGAACAGUUUGCGUCAAUGCGUGAUCUCUACAUAAAAAAUGGACAGGGUUUCAUCGUCGUAUAUAGCAUUACGAAUCACCAAACUUUCCAGGAUAUCAAAAUGAUGAGGGAUCAAAUAAUUAGAGUGAAGACCGUGGACCAUGUGCCAAUUGUGCUGGUAGGAAACAAAAGUGAUCUACCGCACCAACGGGAGGUCACGCCCGAGGAAGGUGCGGCUCUUGCCAGCUACUGGGGUGGCUGCCCGUUUCUGGAAGCCUCCGCAAAGUCUACUCACAAUGUAAAUGAACUCUUUGCGGAGAUUGUCCGUGAGAUGAAUUACAACCCAAGUAAAUCGAAGAAGAGCAGGUGCUGUCUAUGCUCGUGUACAGUUCUUUAACAACGGGUGUUUUUACGUAGCUCUGCGGCCGUGCGAGGGUCGUCAGCCCGGAGUAACUGUCAUCCGCCAACACGUCACUUGCUAGCAAGAGCGCGGCGUGCGUGCGUGCACACGUGCGUGGGCGCGGCCACCACACUGCAUCCUGAUGGAAUCUGCGGCGGGCGAAGCUCGUGUAGUUCCCACCGACCCGAGUAAUUCCUCAUCGAAGAGAAUGCACCACCUUGUUCCACAUCGAAUAUGUGAACGCCUACCCUUUCCCCCUAUCUUACUGCCUAUUUUACGUGCGUACUACCCUUUCAGGGGGUUGAAGACAGUGUAUAACAAAGCUCAUGUACGUACGAUGUUUCUAUAGCAUCCAGUGUAUAUUCCGUUAUCGGUUACGUAGUAAUUGUCCUUUUAACUUGUAAUGUAGUGUGGCAACGUAACAAAUGUCGCGCUAAGCAUUAGUUAGAGUAAUAACAUUUGCGAAUUCUGUCACGUAGCAUUCGAGUCUGAAAUCCGCGAGGCUCUAUAGCAGAGUCGUCAGUGAAAACAGCGUCGAUGCUAUUUUUUAAAUGCAUAUAGGUGAACAUCAUAGGUGCACGUGAUCACGCAUGCGCCGGUUAGGGCUGCAUGGGCGGGACAGAAUGAGCUGAGUUUGAUGUCUUCGUUGAAUACCGCAAAUAAACGCGUUUUCAACUAGUUCACGGUUUGUGAGGCGCAUCGCUUCUCGCGUGUGCUUGCAUUCAGCUAGGCCGGCUGUAUUUCAUUGUAAGAGAGGAGCCGUUAAGCAUUCAGCAUAAUUCAGCGUGGUGGUAGGUGACAAUGCGUGGUCAGGUCUCUAUGUACAAGACACCUUAUAGUAUUGAAAGCGAUUAAAAACUAGUUUGCCUGGUGCAGACUGGCGUGCGAAAUGUUCUCUGGUAUAAUUAAACUAUUUUGUGGGAAUUUUGCAAUAAAAUUAUUUAAGAUAGUGAGAUGCUAACACUCUGCCUGUAAGAGCGACUCUGAAAAUCGGGGAGUUUACAUGGCGUGAAUUAGAUAUAAAUAUAUUAUAAUUAUUAAAAAAUGUCCCAUUAAUUAAUGGAAAAAAGUGUUUGGAAUAAAUGUUUCAUGGUUAUGUACAUAUGUAUGAUGUCAAUGUGUAUAUGAAUGCAGUCGUACGAUUAUUGACGGUAUACCAGGUCACCCCAUUGAUGUCGCAGCAGGUAAACAUGCGCUGUGUUAGAGCAUUCGAAGCUUUUUAUGUGUGCUCACGAAAUUGUAGCAUAAUUGAAAUCCGAAUGCGCAGUUUUCUAAUCGUGCGUGCGUGUUGCUGUAAGCUUUUAAAACAAACGUAUGAAGCACUAUUUUUACAGCGGCCGUUACCCCGCUAGACAUUUUGUCACCGUCGCGUUACCUAUUCGUGUUGAGAUUUGGAAAAAAUGACAUUUAUGUUGAUGAUUUUCUCUAUCUCGCGGCGGUAUAUAGCAGCUGAUGUACGUUGUCUGAUUUUAAAACUGGAAUAUGAACCUAAACUGUGCUCACGUAUCGUGUACGCGCCUCGUUCUCGUGUUGCCGACCGGUCUUCAUUUAUUUUCACCGCUUUCAAGCUAUAGCGAUGUAAAAAUAUACACUGUGAAAAGGCAGCAGUGCCUGCAAUGCCAAUCUCGCUUCCACUCUAGCAAUGGUGUUGGUGAUGAUGCAGUAUAAAAAGGUCUCUCGUAUAAACUCGUAUAUGUUUCCAACUAACAGGGCCAAUAUUCGUCCGAUACAGUUACAGGUAAACGUUAAUAUCGUUUGUGAUUCUUCGUGAAGCUACAAUUCGAUGUCAGGGCGCAGUGAAACAGAUAUUACUGUCAGGUGUUGUCUAGCGUUUGUUUGUACUCUGAUAUCGAAUAUUAUUGUGACCGAUGCUAGGGAGCCUGAUUUCUCAUUUUCAACGUUUCGUAGUAGAAUUCCCGACCACACUACGUUUGACUUUUUUCGGGGAUGUUUUAUGCGUGUUCAUGCGUUUGUAAUGAGUUCGUGAAGGGCACCCUGGUAGCGCGCCGUGGGUUAACUUAUCAAUCAUGUUUUUUCUUGGACCGGCAACGCCAUUUUAAACUCGCAGCAAACCGUUGCAAUUCUCCCUGCAAGUGGGGAAAUAUUUUUUAUUAAAUCAAAAGUGUAAUCUUCUUAAAAUAAAUUUAUGUAAAUUCUACGA